CGCGAGAGAAGGUCGCCGGGCGGCCCUUGAGUGUUUUUUUCCAGGGGCCCCGCGUCUGCGAUCAACUUCUAAAAACUUGUAUUGUCUGAGGAAGAAGCUGGGAAGAGGAGGAAAAAAGGCAAGAAAAGAGGAAUGGCUCUUUCUCAGACCUCUGAAGACUCGUGUUGCUGAGGAAGCCCUGAAGUUAAGAAAGAGGAAAGAAAAGGAGUGAGGCAUGGCUCUUUGUCAGGAACAACUGACCUCUGAGGAUGUGGCCAUCGAAUUCACUCAGGAGGAGUGGGAAUUCCUGGACCCUGCUCAGAGGGCCUUAUACAGGGACGUGAUGCUGGAGACCUACAGGAACCUGCUGUCUGUGGAUAUCGCUCCUACACAUGUGAUCAAGCUUUUACAACCCAAAGUGAACAGUGAUAAACAAGAAACAUUCCAAAAAUUGAUGCAGGGAAGACCUGAAAGCUGUGAAAUGAAACAUUUUCAUCUUUGGGAAAGUCAGGAAAAUAUGUGUGACUUUGAGUAUCAGGGGAGAGAUGACAAAAGAAAUUACAAAGGGACACUUGUAAGCCUUAAUGGAAAUGUGCCUGAUAGAAGAGAUUCUCAUGAUAGAAAGGAUGCAGGCAUCAAGCCCUUUGGAAAGAGGUUUGGAUUUAACUUUGAGAAUAAACUGCAGAUAUUUCAAACUGGCAGGAUGAUCUCUGAAUAUAAUGAAGUUAAGAGUUCUGUCAACAACAAUUUCUCAUUUUCACCACUUCAAAGACUUCCUCCUUGUGUCCAAACCAGUGUUUCUAAUAUAUAUGGGAAUGAUUUUAUGAAUCCUUCAGUAAUAACACAAGAACUCAAAGCACAAAGGGAAAAACCUUACAAAUGUGAUGAGUGUGGCAAGGCCUUUUGUGUAAAGUCAACCCUUUUAAGUCAUCAGACAGGUCAUACUGGAGAGAAACCUUACAAAUCUGAUGAGUGUGGCAAGGCCGUUUGUGUAAAGUCAACCCUUUUAAGUCAUCAGACAGGUCAUACUGGAGAGAAAACUUACAAAUGUGAUGAGUGUGGCAAAGCCUUUACUCACAGCUCACACCUCAGGAGACAUAAGAAAAUUCAUACAGGAAAGAAAUUGUUUAAAUGUGAUAUAUGUGACAAAGUCUUCGGCCGAAAUUCAAACCUUGCUAGUCAUCAGACGGUUCAUACUGGAGAGAAACCUUACAAAUGUGAUGAGUGUGGCAAGGCCUUUCGUGUAAAGUCAACACUUUUAAGUCAUCAGACAGUUCAUACUGGUGAGAAACCUUACAAAUGUGAUGAGUGUGGUAAGGCCUUUCGUGUAAAGUCAAUCCUUUUAAGUCAUGAGACAGUUCAUACUGGAGAGAAACGUUACAAAUGUGAUGAGUGUGGCGAGGCCUUUCGUGUAAAGUCAACCCUUUUAAGGCAUCAGACAGUUCAUACUGGAGAGAAACCUUUCAAAUGUGAUGAGUGUGGCAAGGACUUUUGUGUAAAGUCAAACCUUUUAAGUCAUCAGACAGUUCAUACUGGAGAGAAACCUUAUAAAUGUGAUGAGUGUGGCAAGGCCUUUCCUGUAAAGUCAACCCUUUUAAGGCAUCAGACAGUUCAUACUGGAGAGAAACCUUACAAAUGUGAUGCGUGUGGCAAGGCUUUUCCUGUAAAGUCAACCCUUAUAAAGCAUCAGACAGUUCAUACUGGUGAGAAACCUUACAAAUGUGAUCAGUGUGGCAGGGCCUUUCGUGUAAAGUCAAUCCUCAUAAGGCAUCUGACAGUUCAUACUGGAGAGAAACCUUACAAAUGUGAUGAGUGUGGCAAGGCCUUUCGUGUAAAGUCAACCCUUUUAAGGCAUCAGACAGUUCAUACUGGUGAGAAACCUUACAAAUGUGAUGAGUGUGGAAAAGUCUUCCGGCAAAAACCACAUCUUCAGCUUCACUGGAGAAUUCAUACUGGAGAGAGACCUUUCAGAUGUAAUGAAUGUGGCAAGUUCUUCAGUCAAAAUUCACAACUUAAAAGACAUCGGAGAACACAUAUAGAGAAACCUUUCAAAUGUUUCGAUUGUGGAAAAUCCUUUACUCAGGUGUCAGCACUCACUAAACAUCAGAAAAUCCAUACAUGAGAGAAACUCAUGUGAAUGUGGUAUAUGGUAGAAGUCUUCAAAUUUCAAAGUUCAAA